UGGAACGAACAGAGCAACUUCCAAAUGUUGAUAAUCAUUGAUCGAUGUCAAAAAUAUUUGACAAUACUUUGCAAAAUUAGUCAAAAUAUUGAAAAUCUCAAUAUUUCGAUCACGUUUUUUAUGAGAUUUUGAAAAGAAAGUCGUGUAUAAUAGAAGCAGAGGAACAAAGUUCUAAAAAAUUCUCAGUUGCAGUGAUUUCAAGGAAUUAUCAAUGACUACUAUAUCUGCAGUACCAUUAAAGUCGAAUUUUGUAAAUAUUCAUUCCUAAAAGUAUCGCAUGUUUCUGUUGCAUGGAUAAGUUCAGCAAAUUAUAUAAUUUGCAUGAAAUACAUGUUUACACUGUAUUAUGCAGCUUAGUGCAGAUUAUCUAAAACCGUAAUUUUUGGACGCAACUAUGUACGGAAACGAUGUUUUCUGGAAAAAUUCGAUCCUAUCUCAAUUGCAAGAAAGAAAUAGAAGGGAAACGGAUUUAUUUCAAGAUUUAGUGAACGAACACAACAAAUUAUUUGAAAAUUACAACACGCUGCACACGGAAAACAUCCAAUUAUCGAUCCAAAUCGAAAAAUUGAAAGGCGGGGGCGGUUUGGGAUCGAAAAGUUCCAGUUUAGGCGACAUCCGGUACCAGGAAAAAAUCCAACAGCUCGAACGAAAACUUUUAGCGCAAGCGGAAGAACUGACGGAAUUGCAUAGGAGGAAAGGGGAAAACGCGCAGCAAAUAAUCGAUUUGAACGUAGCGGUGCAGGAGAAGGACAAAAAAAUAGCGUCCAAAGACGCGAUUUUGGCCGAAAACGCGGCGACGAUAAUCAAAUUGCAAACGGAAGCGGAAAAUUUGGAAAAAUCGAAAAGCGAAGUUUUGUAUUUGUUGGGCACCCUAAGGGACGAACACCAAUCCCUCCAAUUGUUGUUCUCUUCGUUGGAGGACAAAUUGCGCAAAGCCCAAGAUGAAAAUCGCCAAUUGGUGGAAAGAUUGAUAAAAUACAAAGCGAAAGACGCCGAUCGGAUGAACGAGGAAAACGACAAUUUCCUGAAAAAGCGCUACGCCAAGAUACAAAAGGAAAUCGAGGAGGCGUGCAAGGACGCGAGGAAUUCCCCGGAGGAGUUGACCGAAGGCUGCGGCCCUUUGUGCACGUCGAACCUGCCGGCGUGCGCCAGCGUCAAAUUCGACGCGCACGAAGGCGAAGUGAGCGCCGUGAAGUGGAGCCCGUUGGAGAGGUUGCUGGCGACCGGGGGCGCCGAUCGAAAAAUCAAAUUGUGGGAAAUUUCGAAAAACUGCCGCGAGAAAAAAGCCACUUUGGUCGGUAGCAACGCGUGCGUGAUGGCGAUCGACUUCGAUUCGACGGGAUCUUUGAUAUUGGGAGCGUCGAACGAUUACGCGACCAGAGUAUGGACGAUCGCCGAUCACCGAUUGAAGCACACGUUAACCGGCCAUUCCGGCAAAGUGAUGGCGGCGAAAUUUUUGGGGGAGGCGUCGAAAGUGGUGACCGGAAGUCACGAUCGCACCUUGAAAAUAUGGGAUUUGCGCAGUCGCGCCUGCAUCGAAACGAAAUUCGCCGGUUCGAGUUGCAACGAUUUGGUGACCGUGGAUAGCGCCGGUUCGAUCAUAAUCAGCGGUCAUUUCGAUAAGAGCAUCCGGUUCUGGGACUGUCGGUCCGAAUCGAGCGCCAACAACGUGGUUCUUAACGGUAAAGUGACGUCUCUCGAUCUGACCAAGGACGCCAAAUAUCUAGUUUGUUGCGUGAGGGACGAUACGUUGAAAUUGCUCGAUUUGAGGAUGAAUCAAGUGGUGACUUUGUUCGCUUGCGACGGUUUUAAAGUCGGUUGCGAUUAUUCGAGGGCGACUUUUAGUCCGGACGGUCAAUACGUCGCCGUCGGUUCGGCGGACGGUAGCGUUUAUAUUUGGGGCGUGAAUAGCGCGAAAGUCGAAACUAUACUCAAGGAACACGGUUCGGCGGUAACGGCUACGUCUUGGAAUCCGUUCGGAAAUUUUUUGGCCACAGUCGAUAGGUCUAGGAGGGCGGUCAUUUGGUCGGAUAUUUGAUUUGAUGUCUGAUCGACCACCCUAUUUCCUUUUUAUCUAUUUCGAUUCAAAAUAUUACAAUUUUUCGCCGAUAAUUUUUCUUGUUCGAUCGAUAUUUUUUCCGUUUAAACCUUUUUUUUUGUCCUUGGUAUAUAUGAUGGAGAUUUCUUAUGGUUUUUAUCAACUUUUUCUUCGAUACUUCUCAAUCUGUCCGGUUGGAAAUCGUUAAAACACGCUAAUUUGGCGUUUUCGAAUUCAUAACAUCCAUUUAUCGACGCCCUAAAUGUCUGAAAUGGCCAUUUCCGGUUUUAUCGAUAAUUGAAUCGGCGAAUUUCCGGUUUUUUCGACUAAAUUUUCAAUUUACGCGAAUCAAAUCAUCAAAAACACGCUAAUUUAGCGUUUUCAUCGUCGUAGAAUCCAUUUAUCGACGCCCUAAAUGUCUAAAAUGGCCAUUUCCGGUUUUAACGAAAACUGAAUCGGCGAAUUUCCGGUUUUUUCGACUAAAUUUUCAAUUUAUACGAAUCAAAUCAUCCAAAACACGCUAAUUUGGCGUUUUCGAAUUCUUAAAAUCCAUUUAUCGAUGCCCUAAAUGUCUGAAAUGGCCAUUUCCGCUUUUAUCGAUAAUUGAAUCGGCGAAUUUCCGGUUUUUUCGACUAAAUUUUCAAUUUACGCGAAUGAAAUCAUCAAAAACACGCUAAUUUGGCGUUUUCAUAGUCGUAGAAUCCAUUUAUCGACGCCCUAAAUGUCUGGAAUUGCCAUUUCAGGUUUUGUCGAUAAUUGAAUCGGCGAAUUUCCGGUUUUUUCGACUAAAUUUUCAAUUUAUACGAAUCAAAUCAUCCAAAACACGCUAAUUUAGCGUUUUCGAAUUCUUAAAAUCCAUUUAUCGAUGCCCUAAAUGUCUGAAAUGGCCAUUUCAGGUUUUGUCGAUAAUUGAAUCGGCAAAUUUCCGGUUUUUUCGACUAAAUUUUCAAUUUAUACAAAUCAAAUCAUCCAAAACACGCUAAUUUGGCGUUUUCGAAUUCUUAAAAUCCAUUUAUCGAUGCCCUAAAUGUCUGAAAUGGCCAUUUCCGCUUUUAUCGAUAAUUGAAUCGGCGAAUUUCCGGUUUUUUCGACUAAAUUUUCAAUUUACGCGAAUGAAAUCAUCAAAAACACGCUAAUUUGGCGUUUUCAUAGUCGUAGAAUCCAUUUAUCGACGCCCUAAAUGUCUGGAAUUGCCAUUUCAGGUUUUGUCGAUAAUUGAAUCGGCGAAUUUCCGGUUUUUUCGACUAAAUUUUCAAUUUAUACGAAUCAAAUCAUCCAAAACACGCUAAUUUAGCGUUUUCGAAUUCUUAAAAUCCAUUUAUCGAUGCCCUAAAUGUCUGAAAUGGCCAUUUCAGGUUUUGUCGAUAAUUGAAUCGGCGAAUUUCCGGUUUUUUCGACUAAAUUUUCAAUUUACGCGAAUGAAAUCAUCAAAAACACGCUAAUUUAGCGUUUUCAUCGUCGUAGAAUCCAUUUAUCGACGCCCUAAAUGUCUAAAAUGGCCAUUUACGGUUUUAACGAAAAUUGAAUCGGCAAAUUUCCGGUUUCUCGACUAAAUUUUCAAUUUACGCGAAUGAAAUCAUCAAAAACACGCUAAUUUGGCGUUUUCAUAGUCGUAGAAUCCAUUUAUCGACGCCCUAAAUGUCUGGAAUUGCCAUUUCAGGUUUUGUCGAUAAUUGAAUCGGCAAAUUUCCGGUUUUUUCGACUAAAUUUUCAAUUUAUACGAAUCAAAUCAUCCAAAACACGCUAAUUUGGCGUUUUCGAAUUCUUAAAAUCCGUUUAUCGAUGCCCUAAAUGUCUAAAAUGGCCAUUUCCGCUUUUAUCGAUAAUUGAAUCGGCGAAUUUCCGGUUUUUUCGACUAAAUUUUCAAUUUACGCGAAUGAAAUCAUCAAAAACACGAUAAUUUGGCGUUUUCAUCGUCGUAGAAUCCAUUUAUCGACGCCCUAAAUGUCUAAAAUGGCCAUUUCCGGUUUUAUCAAUAACUGAAUCGGCGAAUUUCCGGUUUUUUCGGCUAAAUUUUCAAUUUACGCGAAUCAAAUCAUCACCAACACGCUAAUUUAGCGUUUUCAUCGUCGUAGAAUCCAUUUAUCGACGCCCUAAAUGUCUAAAAUGGCCAUUUCCGGUUUUAACGAAAAUUGAAUCGGCAAAUUUCCGGUUUUUUCGACCAAAUUUUUAAUUUACGCGAAUGAAAUCAUCAAAAACACGCUAAUUUAGCGUUUUUAUAGUCGUAUAAUCCAUUUAUCGACGCCCUAAAUGUCUGAAAUGGCCAUUUCCGGUUUUAACGAAAAUUGAAUCGGCAAAUUUCCGGUUUCUCGACUAAAUUUUCAAUUUACGCGAAUCAAAUCAUCAAAAACACGCUAAUUUGGCGUUUUCGAAUUAUUAAAAUCCAUUUAUCGACGCCCUAAAUGUCUGAAAUGGCCAUUUCAGGUUUUAUCGAUAAUUGAAUCGGCGAAUUUCCGGUUUCUCGACUAAAUUUUCAAUUUACGCGAAUCAAAUCAUCAAAAACACGCUAAUUUAGCGUUUUUAUAGUCGUAUAAUCCAUUUAUCGACGUCAUAGGUAGAUUAAAAUAUUCUAAACUUACUUAAAGUAAACCUAACCUAAAAAUAGAUACGUUCUUCGUUCUUAACAACAUCAACAAGAGAAAGUUCCCAAUGGGGAUUUAAAUAAAAAGGAGAAUAACGAUUAUUUCUGACUUUUUUCUUACUCAACCUCUUUUUACUUUUCGAUAAAACCCCAUUCUCCUAAAAAUAGCCCCCGUGAACCGGAAGUACUAAUUUCCGACAUCUGAGACGUCGAUAAAUGGAUUGUACCACUUCAAAAACGCUAAAACAACGUGUAUACAAAGUAUAUCCUAUAUGAGGUGGUUAUUCUUUUGAAAUCUUCUUUUCCAUUUGGUCAAAAUAUGUGUUUUGCUAAGAAAGUUUCUAUACCGGAAUUUUAUUUACGUUUACAAUUAAAAAUAUUAAUCAAAAUUUAGUAUUCCCCUUUCUAAUCCUUACAAUCACCCCAAAUUUUACUAAUUCAACUUUAAAAAUCUAUCAAAUCCCUUUAUAAGAGCUUCAACUAUUAGAUUCAAAUCCGAUCGAAUUUUCGCCUACAUACCCUUUUAAAAAACAUACUACAUUAGUGAGUUCUCCACAAAUCAUAUAUUCUUAUCCACCCUGUAAGUCUAACCUGUUUUCUAACACGGAUGUUUACUGUGAAAGCGAUGUUGCCUUGUGAGUCGUGGUUCCGUUAAAAAUAAAUGUGAUUUGUAGUGACCCCUGUACGUCAAAACGCGAACUUACCGAUCGAUUGUAUAUAUUGUAUAUUGUUUAAACUGAAAUAUGUUUCUUCUCUAUUGUUGAUUUUUGUUAAUGUAUAAUUCAAUAUUUGUAAAAUAAAUAUGAUAUUAAAACGUUAAAAA